CCGGCUAAGGCGCGAGUGGCGGCGGAGUUUGGUUGAUUGGGUGUGCGGGGCCGGCGGGCUCGUGCUCGCCAGCUGGCUGCCGAGGUCCCUGGGGAAGAAAGGGAGCUCCUGACGCCUGCCCGCACGCUCCGCCCGGCUGCCGGUGGCGCGCGCGAGGGCGGAGGUGGUUCGUGCGUGUGUGCGCGCGUGUGUGUGGACCUCCGGUGCUGAGCGCGAGCUGUCAGUCGUCCCCGGGUGCGAGUGCCCCGCUGUCUUCCACACCCUCCCUCCCUACGUGCUUGCGGCGCCCUCACGGUCGCUCACCGAGCGAGAGUCCCAGAAAGCAAGUGUAGGGGGCGUGCGGGGUCGCAGGAAACAAAGGGGUCGGGGGUCAGCCCGCAAUGGCCUCCCGGAGCCUGGGGGGCCUGAGCGGGAGCCGCGGCGGUGGUAGCGGCUGCAAGAAAAGCUUGAGCGCCCGCAAUGCUGCGGUGGAGAGGAGGAACCUGAUCACCGUGUGCAGGUUUUCUGUGAAGACCCUGAUUGAUCGGUCUUGCUUUGAGACAAUUGAUGAUUCUUCUCCCGAAUUUAACAAUUUUGCAGCUAUUUUGGAACAGAUUCUAAGUCAUCGGCUAAAAGGUCAAGUAACCUGGUUUGGCUAUGAAAGUCCUCGCAGCUUCUGGGACUAUAUCAGAGUGGCUUGCCGCAAAGUUUCACAGAAUUGUAUCUGCAGCAUUGAAAAUAUGGAAAAUGUCAGUUCUUCUAGAGCUAAGGGUAGAGCCUGGAUCAGAGUAGCACUCAUGGAAAAACAUUUAUCUGAAUACAUUUCUACAGCGCUGAGAGACUUCAAAACAACCAGGAGAUUUUAUGAAGAUGGGGCAAUUGUCUUGGGUGAGGAAGCAAAUAUGCUUGCUGGUAUGCUGCUUGGGCUCAAUGCCAUUGAUUUCAGCUUCUGCCUAAAGGGAGAGGGAUUGGAUGGCAACUUUCCUGCUGUGAUAGACUAUACGCCUUAUUUAAAGUUUACUCAAAGUUCUGAUAGUAUCAGCAGCGAUGAGGAGGAGCUAAGGACCUGGGGAAGCAGUGGUAGUGAAAGCAGCACUCCAGAGAAUGUUAGACCUCCUUUCGUCAUGGAUGAGAACACUUGGUUCAACAAGUGUAAGAGAGUUAAACAAAAGUACCAACUUACUCUGGAACAGAAGGGUUAUCUUGAAGAACUCUUACAACUUCGAGAGAAUCAACUGUCUGAAUCUGUCUCCCAGAAUAAAAUAUUGCUUCAAAGGAUUGAAGAUUCAGAUCUGGCCCAUAAACUAGAGAAGGAACAAUAAGAGUACAUAAUCAUGGAGCUUCAAGAUCAGCUGACUGUGCUAAAGAAUAAUGAUUUAAGAUCAAGACAAGAGUUAACUGCCCACCUCACCAACCAGUGGCCUUCCCCAGGAGCUCUGGAUGUCAAUGCUGUUGCCUUGGAUACGUUGCUUUACCGAAAACACAAUAAACAGUGGUAUGAGAAAAGCUAUCAAAGUCUUGACCAGUUAUCAGCAGAAGUUAGCCUUUCUCAGACUUCACUGGAUCCAGGCCAGUCCCAAGAAGAUGGAAAACAGGACACAUUAAUCAAUGAAGGUAAAGAAGAUACUCCUUCAUUACUUGGCCUCUGUGGGUCUCUAACAUCAGUGGCAAGUUACAAGUCUUUAACAAGCCUAAAAUCUAAUGAUUACCUUGCAAGUCCUACAGCAGAGAUGACAAGUCCAGGCCUAACUCCGUCCUGAAAAAUUUUAUGUAAAGCCAAACAUUUUUAUGUUGUAAAUGUUCAAUUUACGUAAGUUUGACUGCUGGGAAGACCUCUGAACUUUUAUACUGUUAUGGUACAUGUCUGAAAUUCUGCUGCUUAAGAGAGUUCAGUCCAGUCCAUAUAAACUGAGUGAAAAACAUAACAAUCCUGCCAUUUUUCAUUUUAAAAAAAUUCUUAUAUUUGUCAUUGAGGAAGUUUAAAAAUGAAUAGACUAAAAAACUUUCAAAGGUCCUUCAAAUUAAUACUUCAUUCCAAACUGUACAUAAUUAUUUAGCUAAUUUUUAUAUAUU